AAUCACCAGGCACUGUUUUCUCUGUUCGCUCUGAGCACUCCACGCCCAGGGAAGACGUUUAUUAGCCUGCUACAGUCUAUGCAUGGCACCUUAUGUAAUAUAUUCGGAGAUCCCGCCCCCUUUCACAUCGUGCAAAAAGGAGCUGUGGCCGUCUCUGCUGCAUCAGUUUUGUGUAGCGACAAGCCAGAGAGACAACUGAAACGCUUUUUGACAACUUGAACAAGAGCGCAAGAACAUUUUAGCAAAAGUAAUCCAUUUGGAAUUAACACGCCUCAAGAUGAUUUUCGGCAAAUUGAAAAAGUUUGACAUCGUCUUUGACUCUCCAGAAAUCGACUCUCCUCCAGUUUUCAGCAGUGGGGACGUGGUGUCUGGAAAAGUUGUUUUGGACCUUGCAGGGGAAUGUAAAGUGGACUCGUUGAAGUUGCACGCCGAAGGUUUUGCUAAAGUGUAUUGGACCGAGUCUCGUUCGGCUGGGUCUAGUACUGCUUAUACUCAAAACUACAGCGACGAAGUGGAAUACCUCAACCGAAGAGAAGUGCUUUUGCAAGCAGAUAAUGCCGAGUUCAUCCUCCUCCCUGCUGGAAGACAUGAAUUUCCAUUUAGUUUCCAGUUGCCUGACGAGACACUGGUAACAUCUUUCGAAGGCAAGCAUGGCAGCGUCCGCUACUGGGUGAAGGUGAAGCUGCAUAGGCCCUGGGCUACAGUGAGGAAGAUCAAGAAGGAAUUCACAGUCAUUGAGCCCAUUGACAUCAACACACCGGCCUUAUUGGCCCCCCAAGCUGGCAGCAAAGACAAGAUGGCACGGGUUUGGUACCACAACUUUGGACAGGUCUCGAUAACUGCCAAGAUUGACCGUAAAGGUUACACACCAGGUGAGGUGAUUCCGGUCUUUGCUGAGUUUGACAAUGCCACCUCACGCUCUAUGGUGCCCAAGGCCUACAUCACACAGACGCAGACGUUCCUCGCCCGGGGCACCAUGAAGCAGAAGCAGGCUGUGGUGGCCACGCUUAGUGGCGACGUGGUGGGGGCCCAGCGCAGGGAGACCUGGCAUGGCCGAGCCAUCAAGAUCCCACCAGUCGGGCCCUCCAUCCUGCAGUGCCGCAUCAUCAAAGUGGAAUACAUGCUCAGGGUAUGUGUGGAUGUUCCUGGGACCUCUAAGUUGUGCCUAGAGCUGCCGCUGGUGAUGGGCACCAUCCCCCUGCAUCCCUUCGGCAGCCGCACCUCUAGCGUCAGCAGCCAGUACAGUGUCAACCUGGAAUGGCUCCGCAUGGCCAUCCCUGAGCAGCCUGAGCCUCCUCCUGACUACAGCUCAGUGGUGACUGAUGAGGAGGCUGAGCAAAACACUAUGGCCCACCGUCCUGAGGAGGACCUCAGUGGGAUCAUGGAGCACCCACUUAGGGCCUUUGUCCAGGAGUUCCGCUUCCGACCCCCUCCGGUGUACUGCGAGGUCGACCCAAACCCUCAGCCCCUCAACAUGAGACGUCGCUGCAUGACGUGUUGAACCAACCACUUGAGCGUCACGCGAUGACCCGACUUAAUUACGCAAAGUGAUUUGUCUUCUCCUGGAUUAUUAUCCGAAACUGGCUACCCAGUCCCAAGAUGUGGCUUCUGUUGUUGGUAGGGACUAAGAGUACCGCUGAGAAGGUGGAAGAGGAGAUGGAGACGACAGGACCUGGUUGUGGAGGAAGCCCUUUUAAAAAAAAGAAAGAUGGACAUGUUAUGUUGAGCAAGGAAAGGAAAUAACUUGUCCCAUGGUUCCUGUCCUCCAAAGUGAUUUUGGCUCUGGAUGAGGAAACAGAGCCCCUCCUGCCAAUCAAUGAUUCCCACACAAUAAAUGUUUUGUGUUUUUUACUGAAUUUGGGGAAAUAUUGGGGGAGAAUCACUUGAUUUUUGUAAGUGGGAGAGUUGGAGUUGCAGAUGAUACCUAAGCCUUAAAGAAUUCUAUGUGAUAUGAAGAAGUAAUCAGCUGGUUUAAUGUUGAGGCAUCUGUAAUACCCAACUCCCCUUUGCCUUGUAACAUAUAGCCUAGAUGUCGACCUGCAUUAUGUAUAAUGACUCAAUCAUGAUGUUCCCAUGACUAUUUCUACUGAUAGUCAAGUAAAUGAGAUUCAAGUAAGCACUUUUUCUGAGAAGUCAUGGUUUGGUGAAGAGGAGUUGAGUCAGCAGGUUUAGAUAUUAAGCUGAUGUACACAGGUAAUGCUAUGCAAAAGGGAAAGCCUGCAGUAUCUGCAAAUGAACUGAAAUGAUUGCAUGAGCGAUUCUGAUGCAGCAGCUAUCCUCUAUAUGGCGCUGUUCAACAUAUUCUGAAUGUUCAUAUAAUAGUACUGGAUGAAGAAACUAAGUGAAUUUCUUUGUAUGUGGAUGAAUUCAAGAGGAAUUGGGGUUGCGUACAAGCUAGUUCUUUAGCACAAACCUAUGCAUAGUGUCUUCUCAAAUAGAGACUAGUACUGAUUUAUUAUGACCGUUCACAACAAUGAUAAGAGGAAGAAACAUGUGAGUCUGUUUCGAAGCUGCUUCAGGCUCAAAUUAUUCGUUUUAGAAGCAGCUAAAGAGGAAAUGUCUGAGCCGUGUGGUUUGUGUGUUUGUCUCAACCCAGAUGCCUGUGCCUUGAUGUUUCUGAACAGUUUAUACAUGUCUGCAGAACAUUUGUUCAGUGUUACAUCAAGCCUUACGUUGAGGAUGUCACUUUGUAGUGUACUAAAGAACAUUCCAAGAAAUUACUGAGGACUUUCACCUCAUUUCCAAAUAAUGGAGAGAAUGGUGGCUUCAGGUCAGCAAUGCAGCUUUGGUGUCAUGCUCAGUGCAGCACACACCUUAAACAGAAUGUAUUUUAUACAAAUGCCAUUGUUGAUUCACAUAACUUGCCAAAGGUUUUGUAAUUCUUGUUUCUAAUAAAAACACUGACAGAU